GUCCGCCCUGGAAGUUGCAUAAAUACCGUAAUGCUCCGGGAAAAUAGCUCGAGGACUAGCUAGCAACAGAACACCGUGGCUCCUGCGGUGCUAAAACGAACUCCAUUCUCCUAACUGACAUUUUAGCCACUAAAUACUUUAAAGAUAAGUUACCAGCAUUAUCUUUAGCUAAAACAACCCUUAUGGUAUGUUGUUAAAUUCGGCUGACAUAAAACCGUUUAAACCGGCUAAAUAUCAAUUUUGACAAUGAAUUUAUGACGUUGCUGUAGCUUGUUAACGCGCUGUCUUCAAGGUGGCAUCUGUUGUAAAGAAGCUAACAAUAAAUCAAAAAUAAGCGUUUAACACUGUUAAAAACACCCCUUGGCGUAUAAUAUGUAUGCCGAAUUUUGGACUACACCCGAGUAAUGUUUUAUAUUCCUUUAAAUAUUUUAAGAUGUGUGUUUUUACUUGCUGGUAACAAAGAAACCCUAAAUUAUCAGAUUUUUCUAUGGAAUUUUGCACAACUUAUUUUCGAGGCCAAAUUAGUUCCAGGCUCUCAUAGUAAAUUUUCUCAGUUAAAACCAAAGUUUUUUCAAUUGUUAGUCAUAUUUUUGUCAUCAAAUGUUUACAAUGCAAACAAUACAAAAAGAAUAUCACCUGCUGUAAAAUUUAAUUCAGAGCUUUUCGAGGCUUUACGGUAAAAUGAGGCGGGGCUAAAGUUAAACCAGGAAGUUUACAACACCGCUCCGUGUUUACACAUGUUUGCACGUUCACGUGGGGGAGAUUUUCGCUAUUAAAAUGUCUUCAAAGAAAAAUAAAAGCAAAUCCAAAAAGGGGAGUGAAGGGGAUAGUUCAGUUUUAUUAAAAGAGAGCUCCAGUGACUCCAACCUGCAAACAUCUGGCCACGAAGGAGGAAGCUGCAGUAGUCUGAACAGCAACUCAUUCACUGUCAUCGAUUUCAUUGAGAAAGCUGACGACAAAACACCCAAAAGCUGCCGAUCGACUUUAGUCCAACUGAGCCUCAAUUCAAUGAAGUCAGCCAGUGUUUGCAUCGGGAGACCAGUCCUACUGACGAGUCCCUCAGGACAACAAGAGGUGUGUUUAGGUUGGCCUGUUGCCUCCUUUCCAGGUGGAAAAGUCGGUCUUCAGAAAUGUGCUCAGAACAACCUCAGAGUGAAGUCAGGGGACGAGGUGACGCUGCACCCGCUGACAGGUCCUGUGCUUCAGGCUGAGGAGGUGGUUCUCUCCAACAGGUCAAAAGAUGACACACUGGAGACGGAUGAGUUCAAGAACUUCUUCCUGAGGUCUCUGGUUGAGAACAUCAUUUUGCCAGGAAAUACCAUCUCCCUGACCUACUUUGGCCGCUCGUGCAGUCUCCGGGUCGAGACCAUAAGAGGGGAGGAUGGCGUCACCCUCCACAGACCGGCACCUCCCUCAGGACUUGGCCCUGACCCGGAGGAGUCCUCCGUGAUGAACUCCGUGCUGGACUCCACGUCAGCCGACCUGUCCCUGCAGCUCAGUUUGCUCACUGUGGAUGACAACAGCGCUGACGGGGCACCAAGCACGCCUGGAGACAUGCUGGGGCCUGCAGCCAGCACCCCACGCCGACCAACCGUCCUCCCUUCUCUCUCCUCACCCUCUGCUCCUUGCACCCCAUCCUGCAGCUCCCAGAAUCCUCCUGCAGGGUCAGCGGAGGAUGCCGUCAGUAUGGAGGGCUCACUGAGCUCAGAGCAGGCAGAGAAAAUCCCCACAGCUCCCCCUGGUGGUGCUCUUAGUACUGACACCUUCUACUGCCUCUCCUGCUCCACUAAAGUCAGUUUCAGAGGCAGAACAGGGCAGCAGGAUCCAGAUGCAGAAGCUGCAAGGUCAAAGGUCACAUACAGCAUGAUUGGCGGGCUCAACAGCCAGUUGGACGUCAUCAGAGAAACCAUUGAGCUUCCUCUGAAACACCCCGCUUUAUUCUCCAUCUAUGGUAUUCCACCUCCCCGAGGAGUGCUACUGUACGGUCCCCCCGGCACAGGAAAAACUAUGAUUGGACGAGCUAUAGCCAAUGAGGUUGGAGCUCACAUGACGGUGAUCAACGGCCCAGAGAUCAUGAGCAAAUUCUAUGGUGAAACAGAAGCGAGGCUGAGGCAGAUAUUUACAGAAGCAUCUCAGAGACAACCUGCGAUAAUCUUUAUCGAUGAGCUGGAUGCUUUGUGUCCAAAGCGAGAGGGAGCGCAGAAUGAGGUGGAGAAACGAGUCGUUGCUUCUCUCCUGACUCUGAUGGAUGGAAUUGGUUCAGAGGGUCACUCAGGUCAGCUGUUGGUCCUGGGAGCCACAAACCGGCCCCAUGCCCUCGACCCCGCCCUGCGUCGACCAGGACGCUUUGACAAGGAGCUGGAGGUGGGAGUUCCUGGUGCUGCAGAGCGUGCAGAUAUUUUGCAGAAGCAGCUGAGUUGCGUACCAUGCAGCGCCAACACCGAGGAGGUGACGCAGCUGGCCGACGCCGCUCAUGGAUACGUGGGAGCAGACCUUGCAGCUGUUUGCAAAGAAGCAGGUUUGCAUGCACUGAGGCGAGCACUGGGAGGUUCCCACCAACCAUCGGACCAGCAGCUGACAGGGACUGUGACCGUCACUCUGCAGGACCUCCAGUGGGCCAUGUCUGUUGUGAAGCCAAGUGCAAUGAGGGAGGUCGCUAUCGAUGUCCCCAAGGUCUGCUGGUCAGAUGUAGGCGGGAUGGAGGAGGUGAAGCUGAAACUGAAGCAGGCCGUGGAGUGGCCUCUGAGGCACCCCGAGGCCUUCACCCGCAUGGGGAUCCAGCCACCCAAAGGAGUCCUGCUGUACGGGCCACCAGGCUGCUCCAAGACCAUGAUAGCCAAGGCCCUGGCUAAUGAAAGUGGGCUCAACUUCCUAGCUAUUAAAGGUCCAGAACUACUGAGCAAGUAUGUUGGAGAGUCUGAAAGAGCUGUGAGAGAGGUGUUUCGGAAGGCGAGGGCCGUCGCUCCCUCCAUCGUCUUCUUUGAUGAGAUUGACGCUCUCGCCAGUGAAAGAGGAAGCUCCACGGGCUCCGGCGGUGUAGGCAACCGGGUCCUGGCUCAGCUUCUGACAGAGAUGGACGGCAUCGAGCAGCUCCGAGACGUCACUGUGCUGGCCGCCACCAACCGGCCCGACAUGAUCGAUAAGCUUUCUUUGGUCUCUUAUCCACCCAUCUCCGUCCUAAUGAAAUUUCCUGAGUGCUGAUCAAAGACGGAGUCUGUGGCUUGUCAAAAAGGACACAGGAAAGGAGGAUGUCGCGGUGCUUCUUAAGCUCCU